UACUGAGUAACCAAUAGCAGCCGACUGGAGGAGGGGCCAAACAGCUCUGACAAACACAAUUGAGAAGGGUAAACAGCUCUCACCUCAUGGACGCAGUUCCAGCGUACACAGAGAGCUGGACAGUGAAAACAGCGACGCAUUUGCCAAUUCUGGGGGUGUAAAGAGGAACCAACAUGGCAGGCGACAUGUUGUUGCUGAUGAGGGGCUUAGCCAAGCUAAGCCAGGCUGUGAUCGAGACCCAGGCCAGCUCUCUUCGAAUUGGAGGGGUCCAAGCUGUGAGCCACAGCAUGCAAAUGACGGCUGAACAGGGCAUGAGCGUGGCCAUGCAGAAGAUCCAGGAGUUCACAGGCGGCCAGCAGAGCGUUCCUGAUUUCAGCACAGACGUGGACUCCAAGUAUGACUUCACAGCUUCAGAGGAGAACUUUGAGAGUGCAGCACAUGAAGGUUUGGACAGUGAUUCAGUUUUCAGGGACGCUAACACAGGUGCUGCGCACACACGCAGCCAGGCCUCAGGGAAGUCAAAGCUGUUUGAAGGUUACAAGGACCCUACCAGCCAGUUUACCGGACAGACACGGUCAUAUCACCAGGAUCACUCUUCUGUGGGAGGCAUCACGGCUGAGGACAUUGAGAAAGCCAGGCAGGCAAAAAGAGACGGCUCCAAACCACAUAAACAAAUGCUUAGUGAAAGAGCGAGAGAGCGGAAGGUACCGGUCACACGGCUGGGGAGACUAGCGAAUUUUGGAGGUCUUGCUGUAGGUUUGGGAAUUGGAGCUUUGGCAGAAGUGGCAAAGAAAAGCCUAAGAUCAGAGGAGAAGAAUGGUGAUAAGAAGGCAGUUCUGGACCACAGCCCCUUCCUUUCGGAGGCCAACGCAGAGCGUAUCGUCAGGACACUGUGUAAAGUUCGUGGGGCGGCCCUCAAGCUCGGACAGAUGCUCAGUAUCCAGGAUGAUGCAUUCAUCAACCCGCAGCUGGCCAAGAUCUUCGAACGUGUGCGUCAGAGUGCUGACUUCAUGCCCAUCAAACAGAUGACGAAAGCCCUGAGCUAUGACCUGGGCCCGAACUGGAGGGAUAAACUGGAGUUGUUUGAGGACAGACCCUUUGCUGCUGCUUCCAUUGGUCAGGUCCAUCUGGCCAAGAUGAAAGACGGUCGAGAGGUCGCCAUGAAAAUCCAGUACCCCGGAGUCGCACAGAGCAUCAACAGCGACGUGAAUAACCUGAUGACGGUCCUGAGCAUGAGCAACGCCCUUCCUGAAGGUCUGUUUCCAGAGCAUUUGAUAGAUGUGAUGCGACGUGAGCUGGCGCUGGAGUGCGAUUACAUAAGGGAAGCCAAGUGUGCUCGGAAAUUCAAGGAGCUUCUGAAAGAUCACCCCUUCUUCUAUGUGCCUGAGGUAAUCGACGAACUCAGCGGCCAGCACGUCCUCACCACCGAACUGGUGCCUGGGUUUCCUUUGGAUCAGGCUGAAGGACUGUCACAAGAGCUGAAAAAUGAGAUCUGCGAGAAUAUCCUGACCCUGUGUCUGAGGGAGCUCUUCGAGUUCAGAUACAUGCAGACGGAUCCCAACUGGUCCAAUUUCUUUUAUGAUCCACAAACCCACAGGGUUGCUUUGUUGGACUUUGGUGCAACGAGAGGGUUUGAAGAGAGUUUCACUGAUCUUUAUAUCGAGAUCAUCAAGGCUGCAGCAGAUGGUGAUCGAGAAGGAGUGCUGAAGCAAUCCAUAGAAAUGAAGUUCUUGACAGGUUAUGAGACUAAGGUCAUGGUGAACGCCCACGUGGAUGCGGUGAUGAUCCUGGGCGAGGCUUUUGCCUCUGUGGAGCCCUUUGACUUUGGGGCGCAGAGCACCACGGAGCGCAUCCACAACCUCAUCCCCGUCAUGCUGAAACAGCGGCUCAUCCCUCCACCAGAAGAAACCUAUUCCCUGCACCGCAAAAUGGGCGGCUCCUUCCUCAUCUGCUCCCGCCUGAACGCGAAGCUGUGCUGCAAGAACAUGUUCGACAAGGCCUACAACAACUACUGGAGUAAUAAAAAGAAAGGACCAAGCCAGUGACAGGGCAAACAAAAGAAACUUUGAUAAGCACAAAAUGCUCUGGCCAAUCACUCGAAUGUAAACAAAUGGCACUUUUGUCUCGACUGACCCAACCAUACCAUCAUACAUGUUUGUUUUUGGAUUUUGUUUUUCCUUCUGUGUGUUAAUGGGAGAUAAUAUCCAUGAUUAAUCAUGGUCUUGUGGUACAAAGAUUGCUAUUCAGACGGAUGUAUCUAUGUGCCUACGGAAAUUCCUAUAACCUGGAAAAGUUUGUUAAUCAUCAGGCAUGGCGAUUGGCUGUAGAACAUUUCAUAGCCAAGCCAACAGUUUUUUCCGGGUUGCUGGACUAAGUUUGUGAGGACCGUCUCCCUAAAUCAGUAUAUUAACUCCAAUGCAUAUAUUGUUUGAGAAAGCAUUACAAUGUUUAUUUUUCUUUUUUCGGUUUGUGAUGUGAAUGAUGCGCACAAUAUAGGCCAAAGUGUGAUAAAGGGAAGUUCCUGAAGGAAAGGAUCAGAAAUCAGUGCAGGUUUUGAUGCGCCUGCUUAAGGUCGCAUAUGUGUUGUCUAUGUAGGUUGGCUACAAGCUUGCUUGUUUUAGCCUGUAAAAACAUGCAACUUCUCAUAAUGCAUUUUAAAAAGCCAGGAUAUUAAUCAUGACGGUGUGAGGUAUCACUUCUCUGAUGUGCGAGAUGUACAUGAAUUUAAAUGUGCCUACAAGAAGGUGAGAACAAGAAAAAAAAAAGCGUUAUGGCAUGAUAUCAGAGCAUUGGUGGAAAAGGCUUUUUUCUAAUCUUCCUGCUAUUGGCAUUCUUACUAAAAAUUGUGAUGAAAUUGUCUGAAUAUAUUAAAUUUUUUGAAUCAACAAA